AUUACUCUAUGCAUCAAAUGAUAAAUUGUUAUGCCACUACAGCAAUAUUCUUCAAACAAAGGUCAGCUUGUUGUGUUCAAAAUCUAAAGUUUCCAUGAUGCUACCGGUAGAAACAUUUUUGUGCGAGUUGAAGUGGUAAAGCACCCCAACUGAUCAGAGAUAUUUUAUAUUCUUUGUUCUUGAAUCUUAUCUAGAAAAAAGCUUCUUGUUUCUUCAUGCAUGGCGGAACUCAACGAGCUGCCUUCUCCUUCCAUUGAUCCAAGAAGCGGUUUCUGCAAAGCAAAUUCCAUCUUCUACAGCAAGCGCAAACCAAUCCCUUUACCCUCAAACGACUCCAUUGAUGUCACAACCUUCAUAUCGUCACGAUCUCACCGUGGUAAGAUCGCGUUCAUUGACGCAUCCACCGGCCGUCAGCUCAGUUUUCCAGACGUCUGGAGAGCCGUCGACGCUGUCGCUACCUGCCUCUCCGUCGACAUGGACAUCCGCAAAAACGACGUUGUCCUCCUCCUCAGUCCCAAUUCCAUCUACUUUCCCAUUGUUUGCCUUGCCGUAAUGUCUCUUGGCGCCAUCAUCACCACCACAAAUCCCCUCAACACUCCCCCGGAAAUCGCCAAGCAAAUCGCUGAUUCGAAGCCUGUCCUAGUCUUCACUGUACCCCAGCUCCUGCCUAAACUCGCAGAUUCAAAACUACCCAUCGUCCUCCUCGACUCCGGGAACUCAUACACCAGCGAGUCAAAGAUUGUAAAAACCAUAGUUGAAAUGAUGAAAAGAGAACCGAAUCAAAGCCGAGUAAAGGAACGAGUGAGUCAAGAUGACACAGCCAGUCUAUUAUAUUCUUCCGGUACCACCGGCAUAAGCAAAGGGGUUGUUUCAUCGCACAGAAAUUUGAUAGCAAUGGUUCAAACAAUUGUGAGUCGAUUCAAAUUAGAUGAAGAAAAUCAAACUUCAAUCUGCACAGUACCCAUGUUUCAUAUCUACGGCUUAGCAGUUUUUGCUACCGGUCUAUUAGCCGCCGGCUCUACAAUAGUAAUCCUAUCAAAAUUCGAGUUGGAUGAUAUGUUAAUGGCUAUACAGAAGUACUCUGCCAGUUAUUUACCAUUAGUGCCUCCAAUGCUGGUGGCUCUGGUGAAUAACGCGGCAGCGAUCAAGAGAAACUACGAUUUAAGAAGCUUGCAGACUGUCGUGUCUGGUGGAGCGCCUUUAAGUACGGAGGUGACAGAGUAUUUCCUGGAGAAGUAUCCGAAUGUAACAAUAUUGCAGGGCUAUGGGUUGACGGAAUCAACAGCUAUAGGCGCCUCGACGGACUCUUUGGAAGAGACUCGCCGGUACGGUACGGCGGGACUGCUGGCACCGAGAAUGGAGGCAAAGAUUGUGGAUCCAGAAAGUGGCGAGGCGCUGCCGGUGAAUCGCACGGGCGAGCUGUGGCUGAAGGGGCCCACCAUUAUGAAAGGUUAUUUUAGCAAUGAAGAGGCUACGGCAUCAGUCCUAGAUUCUGAGGGAUGGUUAAGAACUGGAGAUCUGUGCUAUGUCGAUGAGGAUGGAUUCAUUUUUGUUGUUGAUCGGUUGAAGGAGCUGAUCAAGUACAAGGGCUACCAGGUUCCGCCAGCAGAAUUAGAGGCUUUGUUACUCACUCACCCGGAAAUUACUGAUGCAGCUGUUAUACCGUUCCCAGAUGCGGAGGUUGGACAAUUUCCCAUGGCAUAUGUGGUGAGGAAAACAGGCAGUUGUAUAUCGGGGAGUGCAGUAAUGGAUUUUAUCGCUAAACAAGUAGCACCAUACAAGAGGAUUCGACGAGUGGCCUUCACAGCUUCCAUUCCCAAAAAUUCCUCAGGCAAGAUUCUAAGGAAGGAUCUGAUAAAGCUUGCUGUAUCUAAACUAUGAAGUAUGCCAAAAACCAAGAAAGUCUAUUGGUGUGCAAGUAUAGUUUGAUGUAUGUAUGACUACGUGCCUCUUUGUUGAGGACGGUAUUUAAACGAUAUAUAUGUUAUCCUAUGUAAUAGCUUAAGAUUUUAGAUCAAAUGAUUCAACUUGAUAUCAAAGCACAUGAAGGUCAUUGGUUCAA